AUGGGCCCUAAACCCAAGGGCCCGAAACCUGCAACUCAACCCACACCAGAUCUGUGCGGCUCGAAUUUGUCGGAAGAUCGCUGUCAUGACUACUGUUGGGUUCGGAACUUUCCAACCGCUCAGCAAGAAAGUUUAUUGAAAGCAACUCCAUCGGAGCUUGCUUUCGGCAAGCAUGAAUGCCCGCCUUAUCUUGUCUGCAGCUGUAUCAUGGCCUCGCUAUCCCUUCCCCAGGCAUCUCCGAUGGUUUCGCCAUGGAGGUGCGUUAGAUGCAUUGUGACGGCCACAAUGUUUGCAGGCUUUUUGGCAUUGGUCGCAGAUGACAUGGCUCUUCCCAGAUCGAUGCAUGGUAACUUCAUUGCCCAUAACGAGGAACUGGCAGUGAACAUGUGCAGAAUCGAAGAUCGUGGUUGCCUGCAGGCGGGCACUUGGGUACAGUCGGGGCAGAAAGAGGAGCAGAUCUUUCCCCUCUACGAAAGCUGCUCCAAGAGAUUUUUCCACAUCUGUGCGAAGCCCAAUGCUGCAUGGAAGUCCUUGGGCUUCAAUGUCUCAGCGACUGGCGCGCAAGACUUUCGAAUGAGACGUUUGCUGUCCUGGCUCUGGGUGCCGGCGAAUGUCGACUGCAACUUGAGCAGCAGGAGCUCCUUGGUAGAAGCCUUGUCUGGUCGGCGUGUGUUGCUGAUAGGAGAUUCAAUAACAAAGGAACAUUACGUCUCGCUGCGCUGUCUCGUUGGUGAUGCGGCAGUGAAGGAGGAACGUGAGCACCUGCAGCCGCCGGAGCACUCUGUUGUCUCGCUGCAUGGGGGCGGCUUCAUCCAGUUUUAUCGGCUCAACACUUUUGUGCAAGAAAGCACAGAUGUCGUCACACCUGAUUGGCCUUCUCAGCUCGUCCGCGAGGCUGAUGUUGUGAUCCUGAACACGGGUGCUCACAAACAUGCUCGGCUCGGGGAUGGACAGAACAGAACGGCGGUUGCGGAAAUGGCCGAAACGGUUGCCAAGACGUUGCAAUCGCAAAAUCAGCACGGGGUGUUUAUUUUCAGAUCACACUUCCUUCCGCAUGCAAAUUGCGAAGAAGUAACGGCUCCCAUAAGUAGCUUGGACCGAGUCCCGCGGCUCACGCCCUUCAACUGGCACACUUUUGCAGAUCAAGACGAAGAGUGGCGAAACGUGUUCGAGCGCAGUGGUCCACGGUUUGUAUUCUACAAUAUCACAUUGGCGACUAGUUUGCGGGCUGAUGCCCACACGGUCUUAUUGAAGACGCCUUCAAUCCGUGAUUGUCUCCACUUCUGCUUGCCUGGUGUUGUUGACCUCUGGUCUCUGUAUAUCAUGGUCGACGUUUUCCAGAAGUUGCGAAGUUGCCAGAGCGUCGAAGUGGAUUCGCAGGCGUCAAAGAACGGCAUCCCUUCAGACUAUGAGGGGCUAAGUAUGAGAACUUGGCAGGUGCAGUUGAUGAUCGGUUCUAUCGCCACACUUAGACUUGAACUUCCGUGCUGGAGAGGGGUGCUGCACAUGUCCUUCGCACGCUUUGGAAUCCCCAGCCUUCAACCCUGGCCGUCUCCGACAUGUUAG